UGAACGUUGUAUAUUGAUAAAAAUAAUCGCAGAAAUGAGAAAAGCGAUACCAGAUCGCUGGCUGAAUUAUCGGCCCAUUGGGGAGCGCAUCGCGGGAACGCGAUUCAUUGCAUUUAAAGUGCCGUUGCGUAAGAAUAUUAAUGAGAGUGUGGACGACGAGCAACUGCGUCUGGCGCCACACUCGUUGCUGGAGUCGGUGCCAAAUUUAGGACUGAUCGUUGACCUGACCAACACGAAUCGAUACUACAAUCCACAGACUUUCCGCGAUCUGAAUGUGGCGCACCAGAAACUCAUGAUACCUGGCCAUCAGACUCCCACCAAGCAGCUGGCACAGAGAUUCUGCGAGUAUGUGACUGACUUUCUGGAUGCCAAUCCGGAUAAUGACAAACUCAUUGGCGUGCAUUGCACACACGGCGUAAAUCGUACCGGUUAUUUGAUCUGCUACUUUAUGAUCACUAAGAUGAACAUGUCGCCCAAGCUGGCUAUACAGACUUUUGCCGAUGCGCGUGGCCACAAAAUUGAACGUAAAAACUAUACCGAGUCGCUGCAGCACUUGACGUCCGAACAGGGACCAUGCAAGCUGCUGAGCGAAACAAGUCGCAGUCCCAGCCACACUGAGGGCAAACGCCGGCUGAAACAACGGCAGGAGCGGGGCGACAGGCGGGAGGACGUAUCUCUCAAUUGGCGAGUCCGCCAGCAGGAGCACAACGGUUGGCAGCAGCAGCCGCCGAGCCGUCAAUGGAGGAAUACCAAUACUUAUCACAGCCAAGAUGAUGACUCGCAACGUAGGCCAUUGCAACGGGAGACUCCGCGCUGGCGCCAGGCGGCGCUCAGCGAGGACUCAGCUCCAAAGGUCAGACGCUACAAUGACUACCACUCGGACAACGACCGUUAUCAGCAGCAAAACAACUGGCGGCCGAGGCAGACUGCCGGCCAAUGUCCCAGACAGGAAUAUAGUUUCGCCUACAACAGCAGCAGCCGAAGCAGCAGCAGCUACAACAAGAGCAACAACAGCAACAACUAUCGCGGGAACAACAACUACAGUAGCAGAGGCGACAACAAUGACAACUACAGCAGAAGGGGCAGGAGCCGCUGGAGCAACAACCACACCAGCCACUACAAUGAGCGAAACUAUGGGCGAGACGAACGUCGCAGCAAUUCGAAUCGCUUUCGGCGCUUUGAAACGGACUGAUCGGUUGCCCGCCUCCUGGCGACGCAACCUCGUAACGUUCAUGUAAUUAGUGCAAUUUGAUUCUGUACUUGUUGCAAAAGUUUCGUUUCGUAAUAAAUUCCAGUCGUCUGUUGGCCAA